GGACCCGCGGGUUCCCAGGCGCGCUGAGGUCAGAGGGAGGCGGCCUGUCGCCCGAGCGGAGCGCCUGCGCCGAGCGGGGCGGUAGCGGAGCAGAGCCGGAGCGUGGUCCGAGCCGAGCGGAGCGCAACGCCAGCGCGCGGCGGAGACGCUGACCCCGCCCGGCCCCGCGCCGCCGCGGCAGGCCCGGCAUGGAGGAGGAGUGCCGGGUGCUCUCCAUUCAGAGCCACGUCGUCCGCGGCUACGUGGGCAACCGGGCGGCCACGUUCCCGCUGCAGGUUUUGGGGUUUGAGGUCGACGCAGUGAACUCUGUCCAGUUUUCAAACCAUACAGGCUACUCGCACUGGAAGGGCCAAGUGCUGAACUCAGAUGAGCUCCACGAGCUGUACGACGGGCUGAAGCUGAACGACGUGAACAAGUAUGACUACGUGCUCACGGGAUACACGCGAGACAAGUCCUUCCUGGCCAUGGUGGUGGACAUCGUGCGGGAGCUGAAGCAGCAGAACUCUAGGCUCGUCUACGUGUGCGACCCCGUGAUGGGAGACAAGUGGAACGGAGAAGGCUCCAUGUACGUCCCUGAGGACCUCCUUCCAGUUUACAGAGAGAAGGUCGUGCCGGUUGCAGACAUCAUCACCCCCAACCAGUUUGAGGCUGAGUUGCUGAGCGGGAGAAAGAUCCACAGCGAGGAAGAAGCCUUAGCGGUGAUGGACGUGCUGCACUCGAUGGGCCCCGACACAGUGGUCAUCACCAGCUCGGACCUGCCGUCCGCGAGGGGCAGCAGCUACUUGAUCGCGCUGGGCAGCCAGAGGACUCGGACCCCCGACGGCUCCGUGGUGACACAGCGCAUCCGCAUGGAGAUGCGCAAGGUGGACGCAGUCUUCGUGGGCACCGGGGACCUCUUUGCCGCCAUGCUGUUGGCGUGGACGCACAAGCACCCCAACGAUCUCAAGGUGGCCUGUGAGAAGACCGUGUCAGCCAUGCACCAUGUUCUGCAGCGGACCAUCAAGUGUGCACAAGCCAGGGCUGGGGAAGGACUGAAGCCCAGCCCGGCCCAGCUGGAGCUGAGGAUGGUCCAGAGCAAGAAGGACAUCGAGAACCCGGAGAUCGUCGUCCAAGCCACGGUGCUGUGAGGGCCGCGCGAACCCACCUCCUUAACGCCCAGCGUUAGGUGUCUCCGUUUCCGUCCUUGUGAAAAAUGUAAUGUCUGCCUUAGAGCUGUGACCGAAACGAUAUUUUUUUCUUCUUUCAUGAGUGUCCAGCAUCCACUGAUCUUCGUUGUGAAAAUGUGCUGGUCGUGCUUUUUAAAAAUAACAAAGCGAUCACAGAAGUUUGUAAUUCGGGACCCCAGCUCCCCUCCCACAAGGCUCCUGGAAAACCAGCUCCGUGUUUACGUCUCGAGGGCCUCCUCCCCAGGCUGGCUUGGGGUACAUGGUGUACCCCCGUCCUUUGUGCAAGACCCAGGGAGGCCCCUGUGUCGGCAUCUCUGAGAGCGAGUCGGGAGUUAGUGUUCAUGUCCA